AUGGUCUACACCAAAGACAACAUCACCCAUGUCCCUUCCUACCAAUGGAAGCUCAAAGCAGUAGACGCCCUUGAAAAAACCAACCUCGAGUUCUCCCUCGUCUCAAUCGGUCUAUUUCUAGACUACUGGGCCGCCCCACGUAUACCUACCCACAUCCGCGCUGCAAACAUAAUAAUCGACCCGGAAAACAAUGCAGCAGUAAUUCCAGGCGAUGGAAAUACUCCCGUCGUCUUCACUCACUCUACAGACGCAGCAAAGUUUGCCGUUGCUCUUCUCGAUCUUCCAGCCUGGAAGCGCAGAUACGCCAUCAUCACAAACCGCAUAGCUCUUAACGAAGCUGUCAGAUUGGCCGAGGAGGUUAAGGGCGUCAAGUUUGAUGUUAAGUAUUUCUCUGUCGAGCAGAUGAAGAGGGGUGAGAAUGAUCUUACAUCGAGUAUGACGAGGGCAUUGCCGGAGGAGAUGCACGGUGGCAUGAAAACCAUGUUGGCUUUGUCAGGUGUUGGGAUGGCUACAGGUUCGAAUGAUUUUCAGGGGAUUGAUGAUCUGGUGGUCAAGUUUCCAGACAUCAAGCCGGUUACUGUGAGGGACGUCUGGGAAGCGUGGAAAUAG